AGUACCCUUGAUUUGAGUCCUCGCAAAAAAGGUACCAUUGAUUUGACGCAACUGUUCUUUGUAAACGGAUAAAGUGAUGGCCGGACUAAUUCCAUCGGUUUAAGACUAGAACUAGAACUGCCGCAAAGGUUCCACUUUGCACCAAGCCUUCAACAGAAGACGACGUCCUCUAUUUCCGGGCUACAUCGAGCGUAAUGGCCAGUGUUUGUCGAAGAAAAACCACAUCAGGCGCAAGAAAUGAUUUCAUAAGUCAACUCCCCGCAGAGCUGAAGGAAUCAAUUCUAGGGUUGCUGAACAUAUGUGAAACCGCCAGAAUGGCUGUGCUUUCAACUUGCUGGAAGCAUGCCUGGUAUGCUCACGGCCAGCUGGUUUUUGAUUUGGACUUCUUCUCAUAUUUUCCACAAUAUCACAGUGAAGAUGAACCCAUAGAUUGCACCGAAAUAAUAAACCGAUGUCUCAUGCUCCGGACAGGACCCGUUAAGAAAUUUACACUGGUGAUUUCACACUUUGAGGAUUAUAAUCUCCAUAGAAAAAUUCUCUCACCACUCUCAGCGGAUAUAGAUCGUUGGUGUCUGUUUCUGUCGAGAAAUGGCAUCGAGGAACUUCACAUCUCUAUUGAUAUUCUCAAAGAAACAUAUACUCUUCAUGAUUGUAUAGUCACUUGCCCAACAAUUAAGCGACUCGCACUUGGUGCGUUGGAUUUUGGCUUCCCUGUUAAUUCACAAAGUGUGUUUCCUGGCGUCACUUCAUUGGCUUUUGACUAUGUUUCAUUUCAGCCUGAUCUCACUGGAACAGUCUAUAGUGUUCCAAAUCUCGAGAAUCUCUCUUUUGACAAUUGUCCUCGGAUUCAAAAUUUUGUGAUUAGCGCGCCAAAACUCAAGUGCUUGACUACUGACCGUAAUUUUCGAAGGGUGACUGAUUUCAGAUGGUUUGUGCUCCAUUUUGCUGUAAUCAGUACUCUUCAUUUGCAUUUAGAUUUGUUGUCGGUUUCACCUGAUGCAGUAGCCGCACAGACGUUCCCAAAUGCAACAAAUCUGAGAGUCGUUGUGAUUCAUAAUGCCAGUUUUUUUGGUGCGGAGCACUUCACUUUUGUUAUUGAAUUGAUUCAAAAAUGCCCAAAGCUAUGUGAACUUGGAAUUGAGACAUGGGAUUAUGGCAGACGGAGAUGCAACGAUGAAGAUGUUUCCAGACUUUUGGCGAAUCCCUACAGCUGUGUUAUUAAGAAGGAACUGGAAAUGCUUAAAACAGUGAAGAUUGAAAUCUUUUGUGGAUUCAGACUUGAAAUGCAGUUUGUCAAAACAAUCCUUUUGAAGUCUCCUGCCCUUGAGGAACUUGUUAUUACGAAAUCAUCUCACUUUAGGGAUUUGCAAAUCCUAGAGGAAAUCAGGUGCUGCCCCCGUUCAUCCCCACAAGCUCGAGUUGUCAUCAUGGAUUCCAUGUAUGAGUAGGCCAGUCAGCCUGCCGUCAAGGUUUUUCCAUUCAUUUGUUGUAUGUAAUCCCAGGGGUUUGGCUAUGUGUAAUCAACUUGUUUUCCUGCAUCAACUUUACCAAGUUUACUCAUAUUUGGAGUACCAUUUGGUACAUUAGAUAGUUUUUUGGUAUGGAUGAACUAGACUUGACGAAGAACAUACACAAAAAAUUUCAUCAAAAAAUAUCAUUGGGAACUUCCUCAAACGGCGAAGGCCAGACGGGGGCGGACAUGAAAUGUACUCUAAAUAGAUUAUUAUACCAGUCACAUGAUUUAGUGUCUUCUUAAAUUGACACGAUUUAAUGGUAAGUGUGAAUUUACGGAGCAAAAGAAAGAUUUGAAUGCAGAAGCAGUAAUCGAAAGAUGAAUAAGAUGAUUGAAUGAAUUUGUACAUAAUAGGGUUAAAAAUACAGUUUAUAUGCUAAAUGGCUAAAGUCUAUUCUAAUGAGGAAUAAAAGAUGGGCUAAUAUAAAAGGCCCAAUAAACAAUAAAACUAGUCUAGUCUGUUAUUCUUUAGAUGCUCCUUCAAGAUGAGUAUGGAUGUUCAACAGGUUCAUCUUGUUUGUAAACUGACUGAAGAGUAGAUUCUCAAGUGGUUUUGUGUAUAUAUCUGCAAGUUGAUAAUUAUUAGGAAUGUGUGUAAGAUAGGGGUGUGCACAAUUCGGUAAACCGACCGAACCAAACCGCAUUUGCAACAACACCGUAAGAUUAAUAAGACCUGAAUUAAUUUUUUCUCUUAUUAAAUGACAAUCUAAUUCAAUGUGUUUAGUUCUUUGAUGUUGAAUAGGAUUAUGUGCAAGAUAGUAGGUAGAUUUAUG